AUGUUCUGUUGGAAAGUUGUGAAUAAUGCUCUUGCUCUUGGGAAAAACAUGUCUAAAUAUGUUAAGGAUACUGAACCAUACUGCAUGAUGUGUGAUAAUCAGAAUGUUGAGGAUGAAAUGCAUUUAUUUGUGAAUUGUAGCUUUUCUAGGAAGGUCUGGCAAGAUUUUACUCUGAAUAACAUCCACCUUAACAGUGGAAAUACUAAUAUCUUGCAAUGGUUUAAAACCUGGAUGAAUGUUAAAUCUCUUAAUGAAAAGCACAAUUUGAUUUUUUUUAACUUGUGGUCCAUCUGGAAAUAUAAGAACAAUGUGCAUUUUGAUAAUGUAGUGCAUGAUGUGCAAAAACUGAUUGAUAAUAUUAGAGCAUCCCACCUGAAGUUAAGUCUAGAUAGGGACAGUAAAGCUGGUCAUCUACCGAUGCUAAGAAGUCUCAUUACAACAGUCACAACUCUGACAGUGACAAUUAUGAUUGGUUUAUACACUUUGACGCCUCUUUUAUUGAAGUUGAUUACACUAUGGGAUAUGCAAUCUCUAUUCUUGAUAAAACAGGGACCAGAAAACAUUGUCGAGCAGGAUGCAGCUGGGCUUCCAUCCCAUUAG